AUGGCUAUUUCCAAUGAUGUCGAGCCAUGGGCCGAGGGCGCAGAGAAAUACAGAGGACAACGCCUAUUACCCCACGUUAUUGACUAUUACGCCCAUCAUGAGCCCGAUCGCGUUUUCGCCGCCAUUUCCGAGUCCGAGAGCGUUGCCAGUGGCUUUCAGGACAUCUCUAUGAAGACAAUGGCCACCGCUAUCGAUCAUAUGGCUUGGUGGCUUCAACGGACCUUGAAAGGUAGCAAGAAACGACGGACCUUGGCCUACAUUGGUGCGGCCGACUUGCGAUAUGCGAUUGUGCUGCUGGCAGCUAUUAAAUGUGGAUGGAGGACAAUUUUUAUCUCGCCGCGCAAUCCCGCCAUCCUCAACCUCGGCUUACUCCAGCAGGUCGACGUCAGUGCGCUUCUAUACGCAGACGUCUUACGGUCAAUGGCGAAAAGCUUGCAGAAAUUCGAUCCCUCCAUGUCCUGCAAGCAGGUCCCUUCAUUGGCUGAUCUGGUCAAAUCCCAAGCUCCACCAUACCGCUUCGAGGCUUCCUGGCACGAUUUGAGAGAUGAAAAGUGCUUGAUUUUACAUUCAUCCGGGUCGACAGGACCUCCAAAACUCGUUUAUCUCACCCACUAUACAUUCUCAUGCACCGAUAAUGACCCCAAGGUACCCGUGCCAGAGGGCCGGCAACUGCAAAAUGCGGCGCAAUUUCACUUUGAUCCGCCUGGGCGCUUUUAUUCUUGCUUCCCACCCUAUCAUAUGGCUGGCGUGCAGUCAUUUACACUUUUACCAGCUUUCUCACAAACGGCGACAGUUAUCAUGGGUCCACCUAUGAUGCCACCUAGUGGAUUCUUGGUGGAUUCAAUCAUGAAACAGCAGGACGUUCGAGCUCUUUACCUGCCCCCAUCUGUUAUUGAACAGUGGGCAAUCGAGCCGGCCGCCUACAAACAAGCAGAGAAUCUAGAUUUUGUGCUUUACAGUGGCGGGCCAUUGGCGAACAGUGUUGGAAACCGCCUCGACGAGAUCACGGAUGUCUGCCAAAUGUAUGGUUCAGUUGAGAUGGGCCAGAUUCAAAUGCUCGUGCCCAAUCCGGGCGAGUGGGAUUACUUGGAACCAAAUCCCGCCGAGGAAUGCGACUUCCAGGAAGUAGAUGAAGGCGAGGGCGUCUACGAGCUGGUGUUGCACCCUGACAAGAAGUUUAUCGGCCAGCGAUCUCUCGCCCACACCUUCCCCGAUGUCACGGGCGAGUGGCGGACCAAGGACUUGUUCAAGCCUCACCCAUCGAAGCCCGGACUGUGGCGCUUCCACUCACGCACUGACGAUAUUAUCGUGUUGGCCAGCUCCCAUAAAGUAUGGCCUAUUCCCAUGGAGACUACCUUGGCUGGUGAUCCCCUCAUUGGUGGUGCUUUGAUGGUCGGCAAUGGCCGUCCUGAAGUACUUCUUCUAGUUGAGCCACGGCCCGGACCGCAGGUGGACCGAAUGAGCAAAAAAGAGUUCAUCGACGCUAUUUGGCCUACGAUUGCAAAAGCAAACGCGAAUGCACCCGAGUACGGCAAAAUCCGCCGGUCACGAAUCGUCCUCAGUCAGCCUAAUCUGGGAUUCUUCCGAGCACCCAAGGGAACCAUUUCGCGGCAGCCAACAGAGUCGCUGUACGCCGAGUACAUCGCUGCUGCCUUUAUUGACGGUACCACCGACGAACAGAGCGAGAUUGGCAUUUUGGAGAAUCACUGGCUUGAUGAGGCUAAGAGAUUUAUCGGCUCCGUGGUGCACGACAUCCGACCGGAAAUUACACUGAAAGAAAGCGAUGAUUUCUUCGUUGCUAAGGCCAUGGACUCGCUCACCGUGCUUGAGCUCGGUCAAAAGCUACGAUUGGGUUUGAUUCGACGCAUGAACCCGGAAAAGAACACAAUAAACUUUUGGCUACGCACAAUUUUCGAAAAUCCUUCCAUUGAGGCUCUGGCCAAAGCCACCCUUGAUUCUGUCAUUGGCAAAGGAGACUUUGACGAAUACAGUUCCCGGAGUUUCAACGCGGAGCACGUUUUGGAGGAAUGCGUGGCUCAAUUACCGGAGCCUAGUGGACUGGAGCCAGAGCUUGAACUUCCCACUGAGGAUAUCAAGGUUGUUCUGCUCGGUUCUCGGGGCCGCCUGGGCCCUUACAUUGUCAGAGACUUGCUGAACGACCCCCGUGUGGCCGGUAUCAAGUGUCUGGAUCGAGGUGGCAGCGGCCAAACUGAAUUCCAACGCCGAGUCGAUGAACUCGGCAUUGACGUGGAGGCUAGUAACGCGCGCUUGCAGUUCAUCUCUAUAGAACUCUCCCAUCAAAACCUGGGUCUCUCCCAGAAUCAGAUGGCUGAAAUUCUGAACCACGCUGAUGUGAUUAUUCACAAUGUCUGGGCUGUCAACUUUGCGCUAUCACUGUCUUCAUUCAAACCCGAGAUGCUGAAGAGUCUCAACACUGUCAUUGAGAUCGCAAACAAGGCUCCAUCACGACCUCGCAUUGUCUUCGCAUCGAGCACAGGUACCGUAUCCGCCUGGGCCAAAGCCGUAGCUCCGAACGUCCCUGUCCCGGAGGAAGUCAUCAAGUGCGCCAGCGCCGCGACACUAACCGGCUACGCCCAAUCCAAGCACGUCGCAGAGCGACUACUAGCGACCGCCGGUGCCAAGCUUAAAAUCCCCAUUUCAAUCCUACGUAUUGGCCAGAUCGCCGGCCCAACCACAAUCGGCGACGGCGGGAAAUGGGAAAGCCACGACUGGAUGCAUUCGCUCGCCAUCCUCUCCAAGGCCUGUGGCUUGGUUCCCUCCGAGGUGGCGGAAAUCGACUGGAUCCCCGUCGAUCAAGUCUCACGUAUCGUAUCCGAUAUCACGCUCCAGGAGAAACACGAAGGCGAAACUGGGACGCCCUUUGUUCAACUAUACAACGUCGUGCACCCGCGACCAAUUCAGUUCUCCAUUUUCGCGGAUGCCCUGCAAUCGUGUAUUUCUUCGUCGCGGCAGGUGGGAUUCCACGAGUGGGUUGAUCACCUGGCGAGUCUGACGCCGGAUAAGCUUUCCAAGGAAGCAGGGGCUGAGAAGACGCGCAUUUUGCCCUUUUUCCAGGCUGUUGUUGAAGAACAGUAUCCCAAGUUUGCGCUCGAGAAGGCUAAGAGAGCUAGUUCGAUGAUGGCGGAGAUGGAGCCUAUUGAUAAGGAAAUGUUGGCGACGUGGUGUCAACAGUGGACGAAGACUUAG